AUGCGCGGGACGCAGCCUCGCAGCCCUAUCGGCGUCCAGUCCCAUAGUACUCGUCCCUUUGUGUCAGAUUCUCCCACUCGAGCCGGUCCCUCUAUCGAACUCGCCACCUUUGGCCACAGCCAAAAGGAUUCUGAGGCUGGGAAAGAUAAAGAGGCAAGGUGGCUGAACAAGCGACUUCACAAACUUCAAGACCUCGCAGAAAGAGAAGAGAUGAAGUUUUCACACAGCAUACAAUUUAAUGCCGUUCCGGACUGGAGCAGCAACUACAUCUCCUACAGCAAUCUGAAGAAACUUAUCUACACCCUUGAAAAACAAAUCAACAAGCCACCCGGUGAAGAGCACGAUGAGGAAAGCACAGCUCUCAUUGGAGGAUCGCUGGAUCCAGACACCACAUUCAAACGCAUGCUCGACUCCGAAUUGGACAAAGUAUGCUCCUUUUACAGAUUGAAAGAACUCGAGAUCUUUGGCGAACUUGACCAGCUCUUGAAAGAUGCGGAGCAUUACAAAGCCGAAACUCAUGACGUGGACAUGGAUGAUGUGGUUGAGAGUGAGAAUCGACGCAAAUUCAUAAGAUCUCAAAGUAUAUUCAAUGUGCCUUUUCGGCGGAAGAGGAGGUCCUCGACUAUGAGCGUGAGCGUUGAAGAGCCGGAGUUAGAGGAUGACAGCGAUAGUGACGCGGAAGACAAUGUAGCCAUGCUCAAGAAGAGGCCGUCGACGAGGAAGAGAAGCAAAAGCACCUGGGACGGAUCUGAACAUUCGGCCAUGACAGAAUCACGGGAGGAUUUUCGAGCUCCAGACUCGCCAACGCUUCUUAGGGGGAGACCUAGUCUGGCUAUGGAGUUGGAAGCUUCUGAGCCUGGUCAAAUGUCGGCGCUGUAUGAUUCCGCCAUCAAUCUGAAGAAGAGGACGAUCAGUCUGUAUGUGUCGCUGUGCGAGCUGAAGUCUUUCGUCCAACUUAAUCAGACCGGCUUCAAAAAGGCAGCCAAGAAGUACGACAAGGUGUGUAAUCGAGAUAUCAGGAAAGACUACAUGGAGAAGGUGGUCAACCCGUCAUACCCUUUUCUGGAGAGCACGGUGGCGCACCUUGAAGAAAACAUUUCCAAAGUUGAAAAAGUCUACGCCGACGUCGUCACCAAGGGAGAUCAUAAUAUGGCAAGAAGGGAACUCCGACUUCAUCUUCGAGAACACGUUGUCUGGGAGAGGAAUACCGUUUGGCGAGAGAUGAUUGGAAUCGAGCGUAAGGCGCAGGCAGCCAACUUGGGCAUUCGACAGACCCUUCUGGGAGGAGCGCAGGAUCCUUCAAAGGCACGAUUGCUAGGCGAUCGAGACACACCCGAAACGAAGGAAAUCGUAACCCCUAUUGGUCGAUACAGGUGUCCGAAGUGGUUGUUCAGCUCGUCAUUCCUUGCUCUCGUCGGCAUCCUGGCUAUCUUCUUGGCCCUGCUUGUCGUUCCAAUCAUGAAGAAAGCAGAACAGCAGAAUUGUCUGGCCAUGUUGGUUUUCGUCUCAUUGCUCUGGGCCACUGAAGUGAUUCCUCUCUUCGUCACCUCCUUGCUGGUUCCAUUCUUGGUGGUCGUUCUUCGAAUCAUGCGGUCGGGCGACAAACCACAUGAGCGACUGGAUUCGAAAGCAGCUACCAGGGUCGUGUUUGCUGCCAUGUGGACACCCGUCAUCAUGUUACUGCUAGGUGGCUUUACCAUUGCCGCCGCCCUGUCCAAAUAUCAUAUUGCCAAGAUGAUGGCGACCUUCAUCCUCAGCAAGGCCGGCACAAAGACUCGUACAGUCCUCAUUACAAACAUGUUUGUGAGCAUGUUCUUGAGCAUGUGGAUUUCAAAUGUCGCAGCUCCUGUGUUGUGCUUCAGCAUCAUCCAACCAAUGUUGCGCAAUUUGCCCUCAGACAGCAGUAUGUCUAAAGCUCUGAUCUUGGGUAUUGCCCUGGCAUCCAACAUUGGAGGAGCUGCCUCACCAAUCGCUUCACCACAGAAUAUUAUUGCGUUGCAGAACAUGAAGCCCAACCCCAGCUGGGGUGUGUGGUUCUUCGUCGCCUUGCCCGUUUGCAUUUUCAGCAUCAUUCUCAUUUGGCUCCUUCUUCUCAUCUCGUUCAAACCUGGAAAAGGUGCAACAAUCGUUCCUAUCAGACCGAUGAAAGACCGCCUCAACGGCGUACAAUACUUCAUCAUCAUCGUCACCUUGAUCACCAUCAUCCUUUGGUGCACUUCGCAUCAACUGGAAGGUAUUUUCGGUGAUAUGGGUGUUAUCGCGAUUAUUCCGAUGGUCCUCUUCUUCGGCACCGGCAUCCUGACGAAAGAAGAUUUCAACAACUUCCUCUGGACAAUCAUCAUCCUUGCCGCGGGAGGUUUGAGUCUCGGCCACGCAGUCUCCUCAUCGGGUCUCCUACACACCAUCGCUAAAGGCAUCACGGAUCGUGUAGCAGACCUCUCGAUCUACGGUGUGCUCAUCGUCUUCGCGGCACUUAUUCUCGUCAUCGCUACCUUCAUUUCUCAUACUGUCGCCGCGCUCAUCAUCCUCCCGCUUGUCCAACAGGUCGGCGCCAAUAUGAAUGAACCGCACCCCAAUCUCUUGGUCAUGGGUAGUGCCCUAAUGUGUUCAGCUGCCAUGGGUUUGCCGACGAGUGGAUUUCCCAAUAUGACCGCAAUUAUGAUGGAAGUCCCCGAGACAGGCGUCCGGUACUUGCAAGUCAAACAUUUCCUGACCCGCGGCAUCCCGGCGUCCGUCAUCACUUUUGGCGUCGUCGUCACCGUCGGAUAUGGCUUGAUGAUGGUUGCGGGCCUUUAA